AUGUAUCUCAAUGUAGAUGCUCAAAGCUUCAAUCAAUCCCUUUUCAUACGAGAGUCUCGAGAAUGUGCACAAGGACAACUGUGGUAUGUUUGCAACGCAAAUAAUUUCAAGGGUUGUUGUUCUGUAGAUGCAUGUUCAGUAUCAGAAUGUCCAGAUUCAAAUACCGCUGCAGUUGGCGCAUCGAGUACUUCAACCAAUUCUUCUACCUCUUCUUCUGAAUCUACAUCUACAUCUAUGUCUCCUACUUCUGCUUCUUCUUCUGCUACAUCAACCGCAUCAUCUCAAACUACACAAUCCUCACAAUCAAUCCUACAGACAACACCGCAAACAAUCCCGCAGACACUCUCACCAAGUACCAUCCUCCUAACUACAACUGUCAGCCAUCCAGUCAGUGCACCUACACAAAACCUAUCCGAAUCCCCCACCACAGUCGCACAAACAACUCCUCCCACCCCGCCAUCAAAUUCAACACCAAUCAUAGCUGGAGCAGUCGUUGGUAGUAUCGCUUUGAUUUGUUUCGCAAUGGCUGCAUUCUGCUGUUUCCGUUUUCGCCAAAAGAAAAAGCAGGAUAGAGAAAGGAUGUUCGCUGAACCCGAAAGUCCAGAUCCAGAGACAAUUCAGUUUUAUAGCACGACAGGAAAGACGUUACAAACGCCUAGUAGCACGAGCACGAGGAGUCCUGGAUUUUCUGGAUUGGGAUUGGGGGAUGUCUUCGCACCAUUUGGUGGAAGAGCUCGAACCAAUAGUACUCCUCCACCUCCAAAGUCACCACCUGGUGGGCCAGCAAUGAGCGAAUCCCAAGUCUCCGCCCCAAGCCAUUCAAUUCCAACAUUUCAUCCCUCGCUCAUUCCCAAAUCCCAAGAAGAUGACGAAAAUGAAAGGCCACUCUCCCAUGAUCCUGAAAAAUCAUCCCUAGUACCCCCUCCCGAAUCUUCGCAUCCAGCUUUCCAUCCACUUCCGAGAAUGCCCAGUCCGCGACCUGCAUAUCGAUCCGGUAUGGGUAUUACGAUGAGUGAGUUAGACGGAAGGGAAAUCGGAAGAAGAAGCGUUUCUGUCGGAGGAAGUGAGAGAAUGAGUGGAAGUGGAAGUGAGGGUGCUGUUAGUGCGAUGAGUACGCCCUCACAUAGUAUGAUUCUGGGUACAUCGACAAAUCUUUCUCAAAGACAGGCACAAGGAUAUUGGCAUCCAAAUGGGCCUUCUCAUUUACCCUUAUCUCUGUCCGGUCGACCUAUACAAUCUCACCGCCGCGGAAACUCCGCAAAUUCAUCAAAUUCCCCUUCGAUCAAUCCAAACCCAAAUAUGAAUGAAGGACCAGCAUCUCAAUACGCACAGAACCAAUACUCAAGCCAAAAAGCGCAACACCGAUAUACCCAACAGCUAGCUUCAGCGCGCUAUGGGAAAGGUAUGAAUGCAAGCACAAAUGAACACCAAAAUCCAUAUCAAAUGUAUCGAGAUAGUAGGGAGCAUCAGCAGAAUAUGGGAUAUCAACAUGCGUUGGUUAGGGAGCAGGAAGGACGUGCGAGAGCCCUUUCGGAGAGCCAAGGACAAGGAUACGGCCAAACUCAAGGACAAAGAAACAUACAAAAAGGAAAGGGCCGAGAAAGGAUGAAUUCGACAAGCCAAGAAGUACAUGCAGAGGAAAAUGACGGCAAGGAAUUAAGGAGAGAAAGCAGCACGCACAGUAUACCCAUCGGACUCGGAUUGGAUGCGCGACCCGCUCCCAGAGAACCAGAACGAGACACAAAUUCACAAAAUGAAAGUGCACAAAUGCAAGUCCACGCGAAUUUGUACGGAAGACACAAAAAUCCCCCUCAACCUCUUUCACAUCAAGACUUCCAACCCCAGCAAUCCAAGGCAACCAAGCAGACUUAUCAAACUCAUCGUGCAAACACCGACUCGGUAUCUAGCAUGGGAUCUCCCAGCUCGACGUCUGCAAAUGUUGGGGCAUGGAAUCCAGAGCCUGUGUAUACACAUCCAGGAUUUGAUUUUGAAUGUAAAGUUGUGGCGCCUACGCCUCCUCCUCAGAUGAUGGAAACAUCGGGAGGAGUGAAGAAAAAACGAAAUCAUGUACUGAGUUGGUCUGAGUAUGAUGCUGGUGGAGAAUUAUCCAUUUCGCCUGUUUUGGAUGGGAAGGGAAAGGGGAAGGAGAUUGUUGGGUGA